AUCGCUAGCAUCCAUGCCGAUAAUCCAGGCAGCAAGACUCCUACACCUGCAGACAUCCCGAUCGCUGUGCUUCGUGCUGGCGUUACCCACAAAGCUUUCAAGGUGCCCAAUCACCUGCUCACCAGCAAGGUACCCUUCUUCAAGAAGCUGUUGUCAACCACACCAUCUCCCAGCGAUGAGCAGCUGACUUUCGACUACCUUGAUGAGUUUGCUUUUGCACUCUUCGUCCGUUGGUUGUAUGGAGGCAAACUUCAGGGUCCACACGACUUCCAUUCGGUCCAGCAUUAUCUCGGUCUGUAUGUUAUUGGUCAGAACUGGGACGUCGAACCACUUUGCAACAACACCAUCGAUUUGGUCCGCUUGUACUACCACGAGAACAACAUGACAGCACCUACCUUCCGCCUCGAGUACAUAUACACCUUUACCAAGACGCCCAACCACAUGCGCAAGUUCUUGACUGAGACAGCUGCAUUCCGCGCACUCUGUGGCGAGCCGGCAGCCAAGGGCGUCUUCUUGUCAGAAUCCAUGAAGACACUGAUUAGCAAGGGUGGCGACUUUUCGGUUGACUAUGCUCACUCUCUCAUCAAACUCUCCAAGGACGAUUUCCCUGACCCCAGAAAGGGCUCCAAGUGUGACUGGCAUGAACACGCUGACGGCAAACUCUGUGCGAAGGAGGAUGUGGAGCCAUACAUGACAUCGUGA